AGUCCUGUGAAUCACUUCAGCCUUAGCGUAUCUUAUCCAAAAUAUUAAAGAUCCGGGAGUUAUCUCGAUACUUAUCAAAAUCGAUAAUUUGUAUAUAUAAGGCGCCAUGGAUAGAUAAUGCUAUUUCAGUUCGGAAAUAACUUUUCACCGGUUCUCAUCUAAAAAGAUAUAGUUCCCGAGAAUCUCUUCUUAACACGAAACGUAUUUAUACGAGUGGAAAAUUCAAGUGCUAAAAGCUUUUUAAAAACAUUUUACAGUGAAGAAACGCAGAAAUGUUCCAAUUAUUGCUUCUUGUGGCUGUUGUCCUCCUGAUAAAGUUUAUCUACAACGAAGGUUACAAGAAUGAGAACUUCUUUAAGGAGAAAGGCAUUAAAUUUAUAAAACCAAAAUUUAUUGUGGGUAAUUCGGAUAAUUUGUUCACUCGAAAGCAAACAUCUGCAGAGUUUUUCGUAAAUAUCUACAAUUACUAUCCUAACGAAAAACUUGUCGGAUUGUUUGGAUUCAGACAACCUAUGUUGCUUGUGAGAGAUCCUGAACUUCUUAAGCAGUUGACAGUUAAAGAAUUUGAUCAUUUCGUCAAUCAUCGGGAUAUAAUGCCCACUGAAGGAGAACCACUUUUUGCAAAAUCAUUGAUACUCCUCAGAGGCGAGGAAUGGAGAGAAAUGAGAGCUACCCUUAGUCCAGCCUUCACCGGAAGUAAGAUGAGAUUGAUGUUCGAACUUGUAUCAGAAUGCGGCAAGCAAAUGGCUAAUUUUGUUAUGAAGGAAACUGAAGCAAAAGGAAUCCAAACUUACGAAAUGAAGGACUUUUUCUCCCGAACUGGUAAUGACAUAAUUGCAACAUGUGCCUUUGGUAUUCAGGUUAAUUCCCUGAAGGACAGAGAGAAUGUUUUUUUCUUGAAAGGCAGGGACAUGACAAAUUUUAUGAAAUUUAGCACUUUUAUUAAGUUCAUCAUUUUCAUGACAAUACCAAAAUUGUUGCUUUUAUUCGGAAUAAAAAUAAUAUCCGAGAGUGUUACAGGAUAUUUUAAAAAAGUCAUUCUUGAUUCUAUGGAUUACCGAGAGAAGAAUCACAUCGUUCGUCCGGAUAUGAUUAAUUUGCUCAUGGAAGCAAAGAAAGGAAAGCUAUCUCAUCAAGCAACAGAAUAUCCUGAUUCAGAAGGAUUUGCCACAGUCGAGGAAUGCAAUAUUGGAAAGAGAGAACCAAAAAAAGUCCUCGAUGACGAUGACAUCGUCGCACAAUGCUUCCUCUUCUUUUUUGGAGGUUUUGAUACUGUUUCGACAGCCUUAUCGUUCCUCUCCUACGAGCUAGCUGUGAACACUGAAGUCCAGGAAAGACUUUUCCAGGAAGUUCUCGAAACAAGUCGUGAAUUAGGCGAGAAGUCAUUAAACUAUGAUACAAUCCAGAAGAUGAAGUACAUGGACAUGGUAGUUUCUGAAUUAUUGAGGAUGUGGCCUCCAAUUCCACUUGCAGAUAGACUCUGUACCAAAGAAUUUGUAUUUAAUUAUGAUAAUAACUCAACAUACAAGUUUGAAAAGGGUGACAUAAUUUUCACUUCCAUCUAUGGAUUUCACCAUGAUCCUGAGUAUUUCCCGAAUCCUAGUAAAUUCGAUCCUGAGAGGUUUAAUGAAGAAAACAGGCAUGAAAUUAUUCCAGGAACCUACUUACCCUUUGGGAUCGGUCCGAGGAACUGUAUCGGAUCUCGAUUUGCGCUCAUGGAAGUUAAAGCUCUCAUCUAUUAUAUCCUGUUAAACUUUAAGAUCGAACCCAAUGAGAAGACUCAAAUUCCUCUAAAACUGACUAAAAAUCCUGUUAUUCUAUCAGAGAAGGGUAUAUGGGUCCAGUUAACACCUCGCCUGAAAUUGUAAUUAAAAAUUACUUUUGAGAAAGUUUAAUAAUUGUAUUUUUUGUUGUAACUGUACAUGGAAUUUACGUCAGUGUCGAAUAAACGUUUCAGUAAAUUAUUAAAAUUCAUGAAAGAAUUAGAAAUCAGUGUGACUUUUUAAUAGUUUACCCAUUAAAAGAAAGUUUUAAAAUAAAACUGGAAUCCUUUACAAAAGUUUGAAAGAAUAAAAUUUUACAUUUAACUUAAUUUAACGAAUUUAUUUAAAAUAAUAAAAUGUACUUCAAACCAACUAAGAAA